UUCAUUCGCAAGACAACAACUGUUUUAUCAGGGGUGUUUAAUACGUGCAGCUAAAUCCUUCCUUUGAAGCCGCUAAACAUGGAUAUCAAAACCUUACUUGACAAUCUUCAUGACGAAGUUUCCUGUCCAGUGUGCAUGACCACAUUUACUCAACCAAAGCAGCUGCCAUGUUUGCACAGCUUUUGCCUUCACUGUUUAGCAGGAAUUCAAAGAAACAGUGGCCGCCAUGAUGUCAUAACGUGUCCUGAGUGUCGCCAGGAGAGUCAAGUCCCUGGUGGAAACCUUAAAGAUCUGCCCACUAACUUUCGCAUCAACAGUUUACUAGAUGUGUUGGCCAUAAGGGAGUGCAGUUCUACCGGAGUCAAGUGCAGAAACUGCGACAAAAGAACAGUGCAAAGUUUCUACUGUUUUCAGUGCUGUGCAUUCUGGUGUGAAGAGUGUAUUACUUUGCAUAACUUACUCCGAGAAAACAAAGAACACCGAGUACUUGCGCUGAAAGAUUUUGAAGAUCGAGACAUUGAAGAUGUCAUGAAGCGACCAGCAUUUUGUUCACGACAAGGCCACGAAAAGAAAAAGUUGAAAUUCUUCUGUGUCAAAUGUGAAGAAACUGUUUGUUCUUCAUGCGUUGUAACCGCUCACGAUGGACAUGUUAAAGUACUAUUAGAAGAAGCGGCCAAUGAAAAGAAAUCGCUAGUCAUGUCCACGAUUGAAUCCAACAAAGCAAAAGCACAAAGGAUGAGAAACAAAAUCUUGAAACUUGACGAGAGUUCUCAUAACAUCGAAGCAAACGUUGCCAAAGUAAAAAGAAGCGCGCAACAGUUUGCAGAAAGCAUGAUCGCAGUUAUUGAAGCCAAGAAACAGGAAAUCUUUAAUGAAGCGGAUCAUGAGGCGCAACAAUCCCUGGAACGUUUGCGAAUACAAAGGAUCGAAAUGGAACAGAAAGUCAAAAUGAUCGAAACAGCAGUCACA